AUGCUGGGAUCUGAACGUGGUGUUGUGGAAGAAUGGUUAUCAGAAUUCAAGGCAUUACCUGACACUCAGAUCACCAAUUAUGCAGCAACUUUACACCGGAAAAAAACACUGGUACCAGCCCUCUAUAAAGUUAUUCAAGACUCAAAUAAUGAGCUCCUGGAGCCUGUCUGCCACCAGCUGUUUGAGCUCUAUCGUAGCUCUGAAGUUCGACUUAAGAGGUUCACACUGCAGUUCUUGCCAGAGUUGAUGUGGGUUUAUUUACGGCUUACAGUUAGCCGAGACAGACAGAGUAAUGGUUGCAUUGAAGCACUUCUGUUAGGAAUUUACAAUUUGGAAAUUGCUGAUAAAGAUGGAAACAAUAAAGUUCUGUCUUUUACCAUCCCUUCCUUAUCCAAGCCAUCAAUAUACCAUGAGCCCUCCACAAUUGGAUCCAUGGCCUUGACAGAAGGGGCAUUGUGUCAGCAUGAUCUCAUCAGGGUUGUUUAUAGUGAUCUUCAUCCUCAGAGGGAAACAUUCACUGCACAAAACCGGUUUGAAGUCCUGAGUUUUCUCAUGUUAUGUUAUAAUUCUGCUAUUGUAUAUAUGCCUGCUUCAUCUUACCAGUCUCUUUGCCGAAUGGGCUCCAGGGUUUGUGUGAGUGGGUUUCCACGGCAACACGAAAAGCAGUGGAAAGAACUCUGUGGUCGGAUAGUGUUGGAUCCCGAAUUUAUGGUGCAGCUUCUCACAGGAGUUUAUUAUGCCAUGUAUAACGGACAGUGGGACCUUGGCCAGGAAGUCCUUGAUGACAUCAUCUAUAGAGCUCAAUUAGAACUCUUUUCUCAACCACUAUUGGUUGCCAAUGCCAUGAAAAACUCAUUACCAUUUGAUGCUCCUGAUUCUUCACAAGAAGGCCAGAAAGUACUUAAAGUCGAAGUCACUCCAACAGUGCCGAGGAUUUCUCGGACUGCAAUUACAACAGCUUCAAUCCGUCGCCAUAGAUGGAGGAGGGAAGAUGGCUUUGACUUCUCAAACGAGGCUGACUCGAGUAUUCCUGGCUCCCCGAUCCAACACGGCUCCACUGACCUAGGGAUCAAACGUGUGCAAGAGGGGGAGGUGCUGGUGCACAGGACUCCUGAGCACGGCUCGCCGGAGCCCAACUCAGCAGCAGCCACAACAGAGGGUGCUGAGGGUAUAAAUGGAGGAGAGGAGUCGGUAAACCUGAAUGAUGCAGAUGAAGGAUUUUCAUCAGGGGCUUCCCUCAGCAGCCAGCCAAUUGGGACCAAACCAUCCUCCUCUUCUCAGAGGGGAAGCUUAAGGAAAGUAGCAACUGGGCGUUCAGCCAAGGAUAAAGAAACAACUUCUGCCAUCAAAUCCAAUGAGAGCCCUCGAGAUUCAGUAGUUCGCAGGCAGUAUGUACAGCAACCAACUGAUCUUAGUGUAGAUUCAAUUGAGCUGACACCGAUGAAGAAACACCUGAGCCUGCCUGCUGGCCAGGUGGUGCCAAAAACUAAUAGCAUUAAUCUAAUCCGGACAGCCAGUGCUUCCUCAAGUAAAUCGUUUGACUAUGUAAAUGGCAGUCAAGCAAGUACCAGCAUUGGGGUUGGCACUGAGGGUGUUACUAAUUUAGCAGCUAACAAUGCUAAUCGAUACUCAACUAUCAGUCUACAGGAAGACCGCCUAGGUCAAGCUGGAGAAGGGAAAGAGCUGCUCAGCCCGGGAGCUCCCUUAUCCAAGCAGUCUCGAUCCCCAAGCUUCAAUAUGCAGCUGAUAUCCCAGGUGUAG